UAGCCAGCCAGAACACACCACAGCAGGCAGAGAGAGAGAGAGAGAGAGAGAGAGGGAGGGAGGGGAAAGAGGGAAGCGAGCACAAGAGGCCACCGCAGCGGCCAGGCGGCGAGCAAGACGCCUCCACACGUCUCUCCCCCUUCCCUUCCCAUUCCCCUCCCCGCCCCUGCUUCACAACACAGCCCUGUAGGAGCGGCGCAACCAAACCCCGCGAAUCCUCCCCCGAUGCGGCGCGGGUAGGAGCCGGCGGCGGAGCGGAAUGGCGGGGGGCGGCGGGAAGCGGCGCCGGGUGGGAGGUGGGGGCCACGAGGAUGAGGAGGAGGAGGAGAUGGUGGUGGAGGAGGACCGCAUCUCGGACCUGCCGGACGCGCUGCGGAUGCAGAUUCUGAGCCUGCUGCCGCUCAAAUCCGCCAUCCGGACCGGCGCUCUCUCCUCGCGGUGGCGGUGCCUGUGGGAGCAGCGGUGGCCGGAGCCGUCGUCGGUCCGCAUCCGCCUCCCUCCCGGCGCGGCGGGGGCGGCGGCGCGGGUGGAGCAGUUCGGGCUCAUCGACCGGCGCGGGAGGCGCCGGAUGGACUGCUUCUCGCUCGCCUUCCACGGCGGGCAGCUCACGCAGCCGGACCUCAGGCGCUGCCUCGACUACGCCGCGGUGUGCGAGGUCGAGGACCUGCACCUCCGCGUCGACGGCGGCGCGGGGAGGGGAUCGCGCGGGGGCGGGGGCACCCGCGGCCGGGGCAUGCUCACCGUCCACUUCCCCGUCGGGAGCCGCCUGCUCGCGCGCCUCUCGGUGCGGGGGCUCAACCUCACGGCGGCCGCCAACGCGAUGGUCGCCACGCUCGAGGUGAUCCACCUCCACUCGGUGUUCCUCACCGACGCCGCGCUGCGACGGGUCGUCGCCGCCUGCCCCCGCCUCCGGGAGCUCGACCUCCGCUACUGCCGCCGCCUCCGCCGCAUCGACUUCAGCGCCGUGGGGGUGCCCAACCUCAGGACCUUCACCCUCGUCGACUGCUCCCGCACCACGGAGGUGCGGGUCCCCAUGGCGCCGCGCCUCCGGUCGUUCCGGUUGAGCGGCGCCUUCCUCUCCAGCAACAUCCUCACGGGCGCUGGGGGCUCACUUGAGCAUCUCUACCUCUGCUCCGGCGGGCCGGAGAACGGCUUGCCGCCCACCAACUUGCCCAUCUCGGUUCCCCACCUAUCGAACCUCAGUGUCCUCACCCUCUGCAGCAUUGCACUCCAGUACAUUUCUGCUUUCACAGCUAAGGCCGUAGUGGAGAGCAAGCUGCAGAGCUUGAGAGAGCUCAAUUUCCUCAUGUUCGGCAUGGCCAACUCCAACCUUGCUGACAUCUACAGCUUCCUCAAGACAUGUUCCUGUCCUCAGUUGGAGCGGCUCUUUGUGCAGCUCCCGACGAACGUUCGUGAUUCAUUCACGGAGAAUUUCUUGGAGGUAGCGGAGGAAGAGCCACCUAAAGGUGGAUUAGAAAACCUUUGGUUAGCCAAGAUGACAAACUUCAAGGGGCACCGUAAUGAGAUGCAACUAGUAGAAUUUCUGCUUAGAAAGUCUAGUUGUCUGAAGAAACUAUUUCUGAUUGCUCCUACAGAGGAUCACCCUCAAGGACUCCGCAAGAUUCAGUCGGAUGUGCUGCCCAGUUUUCUGAAAACAGAAAUAAUGCAUUUGGAAAGAGCUUCAGCAAAUACCCAGAUAAUUUUCAGUGAGCCUGAUGGUCCUCAGAUCCAACCAUUGCAUUCGGAGGUCUUUGUCAGGUUUUAGAUUGAAAUGAGCAAAAUAUUGUUGUAGUUCAGUUUCUGCUCAUAAAUUUUAGAUUUCUAGCUGUUAGAUAACAGACAUGGGGAAAAGAAAUCUGCAAGGAAUACAGAGUUUGAUAUAUGUUUUCUUUUUGCAAUUCAUAUUACUGAAAUAUUCUGGCAUAAAGGUUGAAAUGGGAGGAAUUCUGACCUGCCACAUUUUUCUCUUC